AUGGAACGAUUAGACGCCAAUGGGAAUAACUACUUACACGAGAUCAUCACGGCUCAUGAAUUAGCAAGAGACACGCUACAGAAGACCUUCGACAGGAUGGCGUCAAGGCCGAGACCAGCAGUACAGCGGUUCACUAUCGGUCAGAAAGUCUUGCUGGAUAUUCGGAACCUAGGAGGAUACUCCAAGUGGUCAGACAAGUUCACAGGACCAUUCACAGUCUCAGCAGUGGUGGGCAAUCGGGCUUACCGCCUUGAACUUCCGGUAGAAUGGAAGGUUCACGACGUCUUCCACGAGAUGCUGCUGCGACGUUAUCGCGAGGAUCUGGAUCCAACCAGGCAGCAAAAUACGCGAAAACGACUGGCAACACCCGAGCCACAGGAGGCAUUAGCGGACGAGAACUUCUAG